UCACUCCUCAGGCCUACCAUGGCCAACAUAAAUUUUGUAAAUUUUUUUGGUUGGAUGUAUAAGAAAAAAAUAAUAAAGUUAAAAAAUACUAUAUUAAAUUAUAUGUGAAACUAUGAAUUAUUUUAUCCAAAAUAGAAUAUGAGAAAACAAUAAAGUAUUAGCGAUUUAAAGACGAAGCUUCAAAUCCAUCUCUUCCUUUUUCAGCUCUCUCUUACGACUGUAUAUAUGUAUGUCCGUCACUUCGCUUGAAGCUUAAAACCAAUGGCAAUAACUCAAAACCCUUCCCAAACGCAGAAUAUGAUCUUCGAUUGCUCCUCAAUGGAGAAUCCAAAAAUGGGAGAUGAAUCUGCUGAUUAUUUCAAAAUAUGUCGGUUUUUGAGUUUUGGCAAUUCAGAUCUAAAAGAAAAUGAGCACCGAUCGGACAUGCAAUGGCUCCUUCUGGACUAAGGAGGAGGAUAAAAUCUUUGAGAAUACCCUGGCAGUGUACUCUAGUGAUGAUGAUCUAUUGAUGAGGAUGGCAGCAGCACUUCCUGGGAAAUCACUUGAAGAUAUAAAAAAUCACUAUGAGGUAUUAGUUGAGGAUGUGAAUGCGAUUGAGUCUGGACUUGUUCCUUUACCUCGAUAUCGGAAUAUGCAAAGCCAUUCCCGCAAUAAAAGUAGAUUACCAAAAGCAGAUGUAGAACGGCGAAAAGGGGUUGCUUGGACAGAAGAGGAACACAAGUUGUUUCUUAAGGGGUUAGAUAAAUAUGGAAAGGGCGAUUGGAAAAGUAUAUCCAGGCACUGUGUGCUAUCUAGAACACCACAACAGGUGGCUAGCCAUGCCCAAAAGUUUUUCAAUCGCCGCGAAGGCGUCAACAAAGAGAGGAGAAGAGCAAGCAUUCACGACAUAACUAGUGUGGAUAUUGAAACUGCUGGAACUUCCCAAGUACCAAACCCUGAGAACAUGAUUGGACCUGCUGGAGGAGGAUCACAAGUGACGGCAAGCACUAACGAUACGACUGGAGCUGUUGACAGCGGGGUGGUAUCUACUGGUGUUGGCACGUUUACCUCCCCAAUUGCUGCCAUAGAAAUGAAGAGCAUGUUGCCCCAAGAAAUCACAGUUGCUGAGCCGGUGAUAGCAGUUUCUGGAGGAGAGUCCUCAGGCCCUGGUGCUGCAUCUGUCAAUGAAGUGAAUCGUCUGUACCAUGAUGUGAAUGAUGACUUCAUAUUAGGUAUAGAUGACCUAAUCAUGGAGCAGGAGGGCACUUAUGAAGCUGGGAUUCAUGGUGACACUGAAAGAUCCCUAUUACCCAGCCUACAAUCAUCUACUGCUGCUGGCAAUGAAAACUACGGUCACCCUGUCACUAGAAUUGGGAGUGAACUAGAAGCGUUAAUCACUGAGCAUAUGGUCGAAGACAACGAAAUCAGUUCUAUUUUUGACGUUGGAAAAACACCAUCAUCUCAUGCAAUGCUGUCCAGUGCUGCUCAUAGUGGAAUGUCCAGUUAUGCAGUUGCUGCUCAUAGUGGAAUGUCCAGUUAUACAGUUGCUGCUCACAGUGGAAUAUCCAGUUAUACAGUUGGUAGCUUCGGUUUUAACAAUGCACCUGAGAACAGGGUGGCUGCUCCAGGGGGAGGUUUAACCAUUGACUCUCAGCAAUUACCUUCCAUUGCGCCCUCAUCUAACUUUGGUGUUGGAGUAUGCCCCAAUUCAAACACCUGCGUUCGUGAUGAAGGCAUCUUUUAUCUGGGUGACCUGUUCCCAGAUAUCUGAGUUGGUUUAGUGGGAAAGAGGCUGUUAAUGUUGAUACUAUAAUUGGUUUUUUGAAGGUUUAUUCCUUUAGACUAAAAUGAGGGUAAUGUUGUCUAGCAAAAUAUUUUAUAUUGUGGACGCAUUAUUCUGCAGUUUGGCGCUGCUUGGUAUUUCGAAGACUUAUUCCAUUAGACUAAAAUGAGGGUAAUAUUGUCUAGCAUAAUAUUUUUUA